AUGUUAUUUAGAUUCGGAGUCGUUCUCACUCCGGAGUCCUCGGAUGUAGAGGUUUUAGUUUUGGGUUCCCGUGAGGAAAUGGGCCACUGGGACCCGAACAGAGCGAUUCGGAUGAAAGCUACGCACAAGCUGCCGUCACCCGACGAGCCGUGUCUGUGGCUCGGCGAAGUGGAGCUGGCGGAGCCGUUGAAAGACACGCUGUGGUUCAAGUUUAUCCAAAGAAUCGGAGGCUCCUUUAAAUGGGAAGGUAGCGGUCCGAGCCACGACAGGAGCUGUUCGUAUGAUGAGGGGAACGUGGUGGAUGGAGUGUACUGCCACCCGAUUGGUCACUGGAUAGAGGAAGCGGGACACACCGACGAGAUGCGACACACCACCAACUUCUACUUCAAGGUGGCGGGUCAGAAGGCCAUGCACUUCUCAAGGGUGCUGCCGCGCGUCUGGCUGGGGAGCUGCCCUCGACAGGUGGAGCACGUGACGGUGAAGAUGGUGCACGAACUGGGCGUCACUGCGGUGCUGAACUUCCAGACGGAGUGGGACGUGGUGAACAACUCCAGCGGAUGCAGGCGCAACUCUGAGGAGGCCAUGACCCCGGAGACCAUGAUGCAUUUGUACAAAGACUGCGGUAUUGUGUAUGUGUGGAUCCCCACGCCCGACAUGAGCACAGAGGGUCGGAUCAGGAUGCUGCCUCAGGCUGUAUUCUUGCUCCACGGCCUCCUGGAAAACGGUCACACCGUCUACGUUCACUGUAACGCCGGAGUGGGCCGGUCCACGGCAGCUGUGUGCGGCCUGCUCAUGUACGUCCUCGGCUGGAGCCUGAGGAAGGUGCAGUACUUCGUGGCAGCGAGAAGGCCGGCGGUCUACAUAGACGAGGAAGCUUUAGUACGAGCUCAGGAGGACUUCGUUCAGAAGUUUGGCCGGUUGAGAUCGUCCAUUUAUUACGCAGAAACGUGACUGAGCUUGAAGCUGAAGUGGAACUCACAGCUACAAAGAACUAGAAAAAUUGCAUUUCCUGCGAAAAUGCAGCGUGAAUACUUAUUGCUGAAGAAUUAGCAGAAA